GCUAGAGGCAGGCACUCGGGAAGGAGGGACCACAGACCCGGCGCCAGCGCCAGCGCCAGCGCCAUCGCCCGCCUCCGUCCUGCGCAUCCGCCGCCAGAGUCAGUGCCCAGUGGCCCAAGAAGGACCCAGCAGCAGCAGCAGCGCCAGCAGCAGCAGCAUCCUCCCCCGGACCCCAGGCACCCGCCGCCUCUUGUGGCCCCAGCCAGCAGGGACCUCGCCUGGCCCCCGGGAACAGCAGCAGCAGCAGCAGCAGCAGGGACAAGUUGAGAGAUGGAGGACGUGGUGAUUGCAGGCAUAGCAGGGAAGCUGCCGGAAUCAGAAAACUUGCAGGAGUUUUGGGAAAACUUAAUAAAUGGAGUGGACAUGGUUACAGAGGAUGACCGGAGAUGGAAGCCAGGAAUUUAUGGACUCCCCAAGAGAAAUGGAAAACUCAAGGACAUCAGCAAAUUUGAUGCCUCCUUUUUUGGUGUACAUCCCAAACAAGCCAACACAAUGGAUCCUCAACUUCGUCUGCUCUUGGAAGUCUCUUAUGAAGCCAUUUUGGAUGGUGGUAUUAAUCCAGCUGCAAUUCGGGGCACAGAAACAGGAGUGUGGAUUGGUGUGAGUGGGUCAGAAGCUGGUGAAGCACUCAGUGUGGACCCCGAACAAUUGCUGGGCUACAGUAUGACUGGCUGUCAGCGUGCUAUGUUUGCCAACAGAAUUUCCUACUUCUUUGACUUCAAAGGCCCAAGUAUGUCUAUUGACACAGCAUGUUCCUCAGCCCUUGUUGCUCUGGACAAUGCUUGCAAAGCAAUUCGAAGUGGGCAGUGUGAAUCAGCCCUUGUAGGAGGAGUCAAUCUCAUAUUGAAACCCACCACUUCUGUGCAGUUCAUGAAGCUUGGCAUGCUUAGUCCUGAAGGUGCCUGCAAGUCCUUUGACGCUUCAGGGAAUGGAUAUUGCCGCUCAGAAGCUGCUGUAGUUGUAUUCUUGACCAAGAAAUCAAUAGCCAAAAGGAUAUAUGCUACCAUUGUCAAUUCUGGUUGUAACACAGAUGGAUAUAAGGAGCAAGGUGUAACAUUCCCCUCUGGAUGGAUGCAACAACAGCUGGUGAGUUCUCUGUACAGAGAGUCUGGAAUUGAGCCUGAAGAGGUUGAAUAUAUAGAAGCUCAUGGCACAGGCACCAAGGUUGGGGAUCCUCAGGAAGUGAAUGGCAUUGUCAGUGUCUUUUGCCAAUCAGAUCGGCCUCCACUGUUGAUUGGAUCAACUAAGUCUAACAUGGGACAUCCAGAACCUGCUGCUGGCCUUGCAGCUUUAGCAAAGGUGAUUCUGUCUUUAGAACAUGGCAUGUGGGCACCCAACCUUCACUACAAUACCCCAAAUCCAGAUAUUCCUGCCUUACAAGAUGGUCGCCUCCAAGUAGUUACUGAGCCAACUCCCACAAAAGGUCACAUAGUUGGUGUCAAUUCCUUUGGCUUUGGAGGUUCAAAUGCCCAUAUCAUCCUGAGACCCAACAAGAAGAAAUCACCCGCACUGGAGACUCCUCCAUUGCCACGAUUGGUACAGUUUUGUGGAAGGACUCAAGAAGCAGUAGAGACAUUAAUAGAACAGAGCAGAAAUCUUCAGGAGCAUACCACAUUUCUAAGCAUGCUCAAUGAUGUCUCUGGGAUCCCUGUGUCAUCCAUGCCUUAUAGGGGCUACACCUUGAUUGGCAGUGAAAAUGAUGUAAAGGAAGUUCAGAGUGCUCAGUCCUCAGGGAGACCUUUGUGGUACAUUUGCUCAGGCAUGGGAACCCAGUGGAAAGGCAUGGGUCUUAGCUUAAUGAAGCUUGAUCGUUUCCACCAGUCCAUCUUGCGUUCAGAUGAGGCUCUGAAAGACACAGGUCUAAAGGUGUCUGAUCUACUCCUUCAUGCAGAUGAGAACACAUUUAAUGAAACUGUUAAUGCAUUUGUUGGACUUGCUGCUAUUCAGAUUGCUCAGAUUGAUCUUUUGAAGGCUGUUGGUUUGCAACCUGAUGGAAUCAUUGGUCACUCAGUUGGAGAGCUGGCCUGCGGGUAUGCGGACAACUCCUUAAGUCAUGAAGAGGUCAUUCUUGCUGCCUACUGGAGAGGGCGCUGCGUUAAAGAGGCCAAACUGCCUCCAGGAGGCAUGGCUGCUGUUGGUAUGACAUGGGAAGAGUGUAAGCGUAAGUGCCCUCCAGGAGUGGUGCCUGCCUGCCACAACUCUGAAGACACAGUCACUGUUUCAGGCCCUCAGGAUCUAGUGUCCCAGUUUGUGUCUAAACUGAAAGGAGAAGGUAUAUUUGCCAAAGAAGUGCUCAGUGCUGGAGUUGCUUUCCACUCUUGCUAUAUGGCAUCAAUUGCACCAGUCCUGCUUAGUGCUCUGCAAAAGGUUAUUCCCAGUCCAAAGCCACGUUCAUCUCGCUGGAUCAGCACCUCCAUCCCUGAAUCUCAGUGGCAAACUGAACUGGCUCAGAAUUCCUCAGCUGAGUACCAUGUGAAUAACCUUGUGAGCCCAGUUUUGUUCCAGGAAGGCCUGAGGCAUAUUCCAGAAAAUGCUGUUGUAGUAGAAAUUGCCCCACACUCCCUUUUACAGGCAAUCUUAAGGAGAGCUUUGAAACCAACCUGUACCAUCUUACCUUUGAUGAAGAGAGAACAUAAAAACAACCUGGAAUUCUUCCUGACACAUGUUGGAAAAAUCCACAUGACAGGAAUAAAUGUCCUUGCAAACAAUCUCUAUCCACCUGUGGAAUAUCCUGCCCCUGUGGGAACUCCACUCAUCUCUCCAUACAUUCUUUGGGACCACAGCCAGACAUGGGAUGUGCCCAAAGUUGAAGAUUUCCCAACAGGUUCUGGGAAUUCUGGAGCAGCAACAGUCUACAAUAUUGAUGUGAAUCCUGAAUCAACUGACCAUUAUUUGAUGGGUCACUGUAUUGAUGGCAGAGUUCUCUAUCCAGCAACUGGCUACCUAGUACUAGCUUGGCGCACACUGGCACGCUCUCUGGGAACUUCCCUAGAAGAAAUGCCCAUCAUGUUUGAAGAUGUUACAAUCCAUCAGGCAACAAUACUUCCAAAGAAAGGCUCAACACAACUAGAGGUUAGACUCAUGCCUGCUUCCCAGCGAUUUGAAGUGUCUGGGAAUGGAAAUCUGGCUGUAAGUGGAAAAAUUUCCCUUUUGGAAGAAACUGCUCUGAAUAACCUUCGUAAUCAGCAAAUUGAUUUGGGGAUCCAACCUAGCCCAGAUAUCCACUUAUCAAAGGGAGACAUUUACAAAGAGCUUCGCCUACGUGGUUAUGACUAUGGGCCAACAUUCCAGGGACUCCUGGAAUCCAGUAGCGAUGGGAAUACUGGGAAGGUGUUGUGGAAUGGUAACUGGGUGACAUUCCUGGAUACUUUGUUGCAUUUAAUCAUCUUGGGGGAAAUGGGAAGAAGUCUUCGCUUGCCAACCAGAAUCCGCUCUGUAUGCAUUGAUCCAAAACUACACAAAGAGCGUGCACACACAUAUGACAGUGAGAUAGAAGCUUUCAAUGCUGUUGUAGACCGUUGCCUUGAUACCAUCACAGCAGGCGCUGUUCAGAUCUCUGGUCUUCAUGCCAGUGUGGCUCCUCGACGACAGCAGGAACAGAUCUCUCCCACACUGGAAAAAUUUUGCUUUGUGCCCUACAUGGAGGAUGGCUGCUUGUCCUCCAUUGCUCAGCUUCAGUCCAGCUUUGAACACUGCAAAGUGUUGAUCCAGAACCUACAAAAGAAGAUAGCAAAGCAUGGGGUCAAGUUAGCUAUCCCAGGACUAGAGACAGUAAAGACCUCUCCACAGAUGGAACCUGGGCAGAAGGGUCUUCUGCACAUACUUGCUGAGAUCUGUCACCUGGAGCUCAAUGGAAACCUGCACUCAGAACUAGAACAAGUUGUGACUCGAGAGAAGCUGCAUCUUCAGGAAGAUCCCCUUCUCAAUGGCCUGCUGGAUUAUGCUGCACUGAAGACUUGUGUAGACAUAGCACUGGAGAACAUCACAGGUUAUAGAAUGAAGAUAGUAGAGGCUCUGGCAGGAGAUGGACACUUAUAUACACGGGUUACAAGCAUCUUAAAUACUCAGCCAAUGCUGCAACUAGACUACAUUGCCACUGACCGAACAUUAGAAAUCCUGGCAUCAAAGGAGACCUAUUUUCAGGAAAUUGGUAUUUCCACUGAGCAAUGGGAUCCUGCUAACCCUCCCUCUGGAAGUCUGGUGAAUGCUAACCUCCUAGUUUGCAAUUGCUCCCUGAAUACUUUCAAGAAUCCAGCAAAGGUGCUCUCCAACAUGGCAGCAACUGUGAAGGAUGGUGGUUUUAUCUUACUGCAUACUCUUCUAAAAGGGGAAAUUCUGGGAGAAAUAGUUGGCUUUCUCACUUCUCCAGAGCUUCAAGACAAACCAAGUGUUCUGACUCAGGUAGAAUGGGAGGAGUUAUUUAGGAAGGCCAGUCUGAAAUUGGUGGCUACAAAAAGAUCCUCCUUUGGCGCAGCUAUCUUCUUAUGCCGUCGGCCACUUCCCGUGAAGAAACCUAUUUUCCUGCCUGUAGAGGAAACUAAUUACAAAUGGGUGGAACCUUUGAAGGAAAUGCUAGCAGAUACUUCCGACCAGCCUAUAUGGCUAACUGCUACUACCUGUAGUACUUCAGGAAUUGUUGGUAUGGUGAACUGUCUACAUCAAGAACCUGGAGGCCACAGAAUCAGGUGCCUUUUUGUUUCCAACCUGAACAUAUCUUCUGCUAAGCCUCCCACCAACCCUUCUGCCAAGGAGAUGCAGGAAAUUCUCCAAAAUGACUUGGUGAUGAAUGUUCAUCGUGAUGGAAAAUGGGGUUCUUUCAGACAUCUCCAGCUGAAACAAGCUCAGUCUCAAGAGAUGACUGAAUAUGCAUUUGUGAAUGUAUUGACACGUGGGGAUCUUUCCUCUCUUCGCUGGAUUGCUUCCCCACUACGCCACUUCCAUACAACGAACCCCAAUGUCCAACUCUGCAAGGUCUAUUAUGCAUCUCUCAAUUUCCGUGACAUUAUGUUGGCCACAGGAAAACUCUCCCCAGAUGCCAUCCCAGGAAACUGGGCAUUACAGCAAUGCAUGCUGGGAAUGGAAUUUUCAGGAUGUGACUCUGCUGGGAAAAGAGUGAUGGGACUGCUACCAGCUAAAGGACUGGCUACCGUUGUAGACUCUGACAAGAGAUUCCUAUGGGAAGUGCCACAAAACUGGACUCUACAAGAAGCAGCCUCUGUACCUGUGGUAUAUGCCACUGCUUACUAUUCUUUGGUGGUUCGAGGUGGCGUGAGGAAGGGCGAGUCUGUGCUUAUUCAUUCAGGCUCAGGUGGUGUUGGCCAAGCAGCCAUUGCUAUUGCCCUGAGCAUGGGCUGCCGUGUGUUUACUACUGUAGGUUCUAAAGAGAAACGUGACUAUCUCCAAAAAAGAUUCCCUCAACUUGAUGCAAACAGCUUUGCCAGCUCCAGAAACACCUCUUUUGAGCAACAUGUUCUGAGAAUCACCAAUGGUAGAGGUGUUGACCUGGUGCUGAACUCUUUGUCAGAAGAGAAGCUCCAGGCUAGCCUGCGUUGCCUUGCUCGACAUGGGCGUUUCUUGGAAAUAGGCAAAUUUGAUCUGUCCAACAACACACCCCUUGGAAUGGCCCUUUUCUUGAAGAAUGUGGCUUUUCAUGGGAUCCUAUUAGAUGCCAUUUUUGAAGAGGGAAAUGAAGAGUGGGAAAUAGUGUCAGACUUGCUCACAAAGGGCAUCAAAGAUGGGGUGGUAAAACCUCUAAGAACAACUGUUUUCAAAAGAGAAGAGGUAGAACCUGCAUUCAGAUACAUGGCACAAGGGAAACAUAUUGGGAAAGUUGUCAUCCAGGUUCAUGAAGAAGAGAAUCAAAACCCCACAAAGGAAGCUAAGCUAAACCAGCUCCCUGCCAUAUCUCGAACAUCUUGCCCACCAAACAAGUCAUAUAUAAUCACAGGAGGCCUUGGGGGAUUUGGCCUGGAACUGGCUCAAUGGCUGAUAGAAAGAGGAGCAAAAAGACUGGUGCUAACAUCUCGAUCUGGCAUCCGAACAGGUUACCAGGCUAAACGGGUCCAAGAGUGGAAACAAUUUGGAAUCCAAAUUCUUAUCUCAACCAGUGAUGCUGGGACUCUUGAAGGGGCACAACGCUUAAUACAAGAAGCUUCUCAACUUGGGCCAGUUGGAGGCCUCUUCAACUUGGCUAUGGUCUUGAAAGAUGCAAUGCUGGAAAAUCAGACCUCAGAGCUUUUCUGUGAAGUCAACAAACCCAAGUAUUCAGGCACACUUCAUCUGGACCAGAUAACCCGUCAAAAGUGCCCAGAACUGGACCAUUUUGUAGUCUUCUCUUCAGUCAGUUGUGGAAGAGGCAAUGCUGGGCAGAGUAACUAUGGUUUUGCCAAUUCUGCCAUGGAGCGUAUAUGUGAACAGAGAAGGCAUGAUGGGCUUCCAGGCUUAGCUAUACAAUGGGGUGCUGUUGGUGAUGUUGGUGUUGUCCUGGAGACAAUGGGCAGUAAUGACACUGUGGUUGGUGGAACUUUACCCCAGAGGAUCAGCUCAUGCUUGGAUGUUUUGGAUCACUUCCUCAACCAGCCUCACCCUGUCAUGUCGAGUUUUGUUCUGGCAGAAAAGUUGUUGACAAAAAGUGAUGGAGGCAGCCAGCGUGACCUUGUGGAAGCUGUUGCUCACAUUCUUGGUGUACGAGAUGUGAGCAGCUUGAAUGCUGACACUUCCCUGGCUGAUCUAGGUUUGGAUUCCCUAAUGGCAGUAGAGGUACGCCAAACCCUGGAGAGGGACUAUGAUAUUGUAAUGGCAAUGAGAGAUGUUCGAUUGCUUACCAUUAACAAGCUUCGGGAAUUUUCUUCCAAAUCAGGGACCACAGACACAUUAUUCCAGGAGACAAAAGGUAAUCAGGCUGAACAACCCAGACUGGACUUGAAUAAACUAUUGGUGAAUCCAAAUGGACCAACAAUCAUGCAACUCAACAAGGUGGAGAGCACUGAGCUUCCUCUCUUCCUCAUUCACCCCAUUGAAGGAUCUCUCACAGUGUUCAACACUCUUGCCUCUAAGCUCCAUAUACCAAGCUAUGGACUUCAGUUUACCAAAGCUGCUCCUUCGGACAGUAUAAAGAGCCUGGCAUCCUAUUACAUUGAUUGCAUAAAGCAAGUACAGCCAGAUGGCCCCUAUCGAAUUUCAGGAUACUCCUUUGGUGCCUGUGUAGCUUUCGAAAUGUGUUGUCAGCUCCAAGUUCAACAGAAUCCCUCCUGUUUACCCAACAGCCUUUUCCUGCUUGAUGGUUCUCAUUCGUAUGUAGCAGCACACACACAGAGCUACAGAGCCAAGCUAACUCCAGGAAAUGAGGCUGAAGCAGAGACUGAAGCAUUGUGUGCCUUUAUUCAGCAGUUCACUGGCAUGGAAUAUAAUAAGUUGCUAGAGGUCCUUCUGCCCCUGCCAGAUCUGGAAGCUCGUGCCAAUGCUGCUGCAGAUCUGAUAACUCAGAAUCACAAGGACAUCAGCCAUGAGGCACUCACUUUUGCAGCUACUUCAUUUUAUCAUAAACUGAAGGCAGGAGAAAAGUAUAUACCAGAAUGCAAGUAUCAUGGCAAUGUGAUGCUGCUGAAAGCAAAGACACACAAUGAAUUUGGAGAAGGACUUGGAGGAGACUACAAACUUUCAGAGGUCUGUGAUGGGAAAGUAUUUGUCCAUAUCGUUGAAGGGGACCACUGCACCAUCCUGGAGGGAGAUGGCGUUGAGUCAAUUACUGGGAUCAUUCACAGCUCACUAGCAGAAUCCCGGGACAGUGUUCGAGAGGGCUAGAUGUUUCAGAAACUCUGCUGUCAUUGUUAGAGAGAAUUCAAACCUAGCUCUUAUGACAACCCCAAGGAACUCUUCCUGUAAACCAUCAUAUCAUCUGCUCUGCAGCCAGACAUAGGGAGCCCUGUUGAUCAGCAUCCCUCUUCCUCUCUCUUCCAACCAGUGACUGUUUUUGCAACUGUUGCAAGGACCUAUGCUGAUGGCAAGAAUUUACACCAUUUGGCAGUAUGAAAAUUAGGACCAGAUGUGUGUGUGUGUGUGUGUGUGUUGUACUAUGUAUUGUAUUGUUGUCUUAGAAGUGUUCCUAAGUGAAAUUAACCAAGCUCAGUGAGCAAGGAGGGAAGCUGCAGCUGAUUUUGGAGACACCUUUGUCUGUGAAGAGUCAGUCUGUAGCAAUAUCAGUAAGUUAAUUCUAUUAAGGGUUUUUAUUGUUUUGUUUUUUUGUAAUUCUUACUUUUAAUUUGAAAUAUAUAGAUAUUUAUUGCAUUGUUAACUUCACUUAGAUUGUUUUAAUAUGUCACUGACUAAAUGAUAAGGACAAAAUAUUCCACUGUGGAGUAUUUUUUUCUGCUGCUUUGUUGCCUCAGUUUUUUUUUAAAUUUAAAUCAAAAUUCACCUCUUGAAAAAUGGGGUCAGACUGGAAGGCAGAUUCCCAGCCAAAUAACACAUUCCUGUGCAGAAGGGUUGUAUUAUUUCUGCUAAAUUGCAAGUCCUUUUGAGACUAGAAUGGUUUGGUAGUUCAGAGCACGUAACACAUGUUUCUCUUACCAGAGGUUGGAGCUUAAAAUCUUGGGUAUCUCUUACAUCCAUUUGGGGACUGUACAGAUUAGGCAUAUGCAGUUUUCUGUGCUCUGCGUCAUAAUUUUUCCCUGAAAGUUUUUAAUCUAGAUUCUUGAUUUCUCCCACUUUCAACCUGAAGGAGCAGGAUUUAGAUUUCACAUGGUUUCUUAUUGAUAAUAACUUGAUUUAACCCUCCUACAGCUGAGCCAUUUCCUUCUUCAGUUCUUCAAAAUGCAAAGCUCUUCAGCAGUUAUCAUGGUUUGCUGAAAGCAACUUAGUAAAAAAAAGGGGGGGGGAAAUAGAACAUUUUCUAGCUUCUUCUAUGUUGGAUAUUCUGUGUUGGAUAGAGAAAUCAGUGCAUCUUUGCUGCACCAAUGAUACAGAGGAAACGUGCUAGUAUCAUACAGGAUUGCUGUGCCUGUCCAAACAGCUUUAGAAUCCAGUGUCUCAGCUGGAUUAUUUUACCAGCAUUGGGGCACAGAGACCUGCACACCCAUCCCCUAACCCUUGGGAGUGAGUGGUCUAGGCCAUCCUCUGUGGACAAGCAGCUAGGUGACUGGUUUUAGUUCUUAAUUUUAAGGGGAAAUUCCUUUGAAAUCUGAAAUGUAAAAUGAGAACAUUUCCAGUUUGUUAUGUUGUGAUUGCUUCUUCUUUUUCUUCUUUUUUAACAUUCCUUUGAUGAAAAAGCUCUGGGGUGUCCUUUCUUCUAUGGCUCUCCUGUAAUUAAAUGCAACUUAAACUCUA